AUGCUGAGUUCAACUGGCAUUACUGUACACUGUGCCAAGGCUAAUAGGAAGGAGCCCAAUCAUGCUGCACUUCCAGGAUGCUUUACGGUCCCAUACAAAACCAUCAUUCAUGGUGGAGUACAGCCUGGAAAAGGCAUCAUCAUCCAAGGAGUCAUCAGCCCACAAGCAAAAAGAGUGCUGUUUAGUCUACGGCACAGAACUGGAAUUGCAUUUGACUACAGUCUUUGUUUUGAUGAGAAUGUGGCCGUGUGCAACAGCUAUAAGGAUGGGAAAUGGGGAAAUGAGGAGCAAUCUGGACUCAAGCUGUUUGAGAGAGGGCACGCUUUUCAGGUAAUCAUUUGUUGCAGUCCUGAUAAUUAUGAGGUGUUUGUCAAUGGAAAACAAACUCACACUUACAGCCAUCGCUACAAUAAACUGGAGGAGAUUGAUGUUUUAGAAGUUAGUGGAGAUGUGCAGCUGGGCUUUGUGCAUCUCUGAUAAGGAUUCCA